CGCUAUGUUUAGCUGAGAAUUUCGUCAGUGUUUGGUGUGGGAGUUGAAGCUCUCGAGGUGUUCGAAUUCUGUUUUAGUCCAAAUUUAGCUCGGAACCAGAGAUAGUGUGGGGACUUGACUGUUGGGGCUGCCCAUCGAUUCUGUCUGUACAAUUGGAGCUGUUAAAUAUCCAACAAUAACGAAGAAAUGAGCGUGGAGGCGUACGGGCCGAGCUCACAGACUCUAACCUUCCUGGACACCGAGGAAGCGGAGUUGCUUGGAGCCGAUACCCAGGGUUCGGAGUUCGAGUUCACCGACUUCACUUUGCCCAGCCAGACGCAAACGCAAGGCCAAACCCAGAGUCAGCUGGACAACCAGGUGAACGGGCCUGAUGGAGUUUUGCAGAACGGAGGGGUCGAUGACGGUGUUGCGAAAACCAGCCAGCUCUUGGCUGAACUGAAUUUUGAGGAAGAUGAAGAGGACACCUAUUACACCAAAGACCUCCCGGUGCAUGCUUGCAGCUACUGUGGCAUCCAUGAUCCUGCUUGUGUUGUCUAUUGUAACACCAGUAAGAAGUGGUUCUGCAAUGGACGUGGCAACACCUCUGGCAGCCACAUUGUGAACCACUUGGUGCGAGCCAAGUGCAAAGAAGUGACUCUCCACAAAGACGGGCCUCUGGGGGAGACCGUGCUGGAGUGCUACAACUGCGGCUGUCGCAACGUCUUCCUUCUGGGCUUCAUCCCAGCUAAGGCAGAUUCUGUGGUGGUGCUUCUCUGCAGGCAGCCAUGUGCCAGCCAGAGCAGCCUGAAGGACAUCAACUGGGACAGCUCCCAGUGGCAGCCUCUGAUCCAGGACCGCUGCUUCCUGUCCUGGCUGGUGAAGAUCCCCUCCGAGCAGGAGCAGCUGAGGGCCCGCCAGAUCACCGCCCAGCAGAUCAACAAGCUGGAGGAGCUCUGGAAGGAAAACCCCACGGCCACCCUGGAGGACCUGGAGAAGCCUGGCGUCGAUGAGGAGCCCCAGCAUGUGCUGCUACGCUAUGAGGAUGCCUACCAGUACCAGAACAUCUUUGGGCCUCUGGUUAAGCUAGAGGCUGACUAUGACAAAAAGCUAAAAGAGUCCCAGACCCAAGAUAAUAUAACGGUCAGGUGGGACCUUGGGCUGAAUAAAAAGCGGAUUGCUUAUUUCACACUUCCCAAGACGGAUUCAGGUGACAUGCGCCUGAUGCAGGGAGAUGAAAUCUGCCUGAGGUACAAGGGAGACCUGGCCCCGCUCUGGAAGGGGAUUGGCCACGUCAUCAAGGUUCCUGAUAAAGACUACGGGGAUGAGAUCGCGAUCGAGCUGAGGAGCAGCGUCGGGGCUCCUGUGGAGGUGCCGCACAACUUCCAGGUGGAUUUCGUCUGGAAAUCCACCUCCUUCGACCGGAUGCAGAGUGCUCUGAAGACCUUUGCUGUGGACGAGACGUCCGUGUCGGGGUACAUCUACCACAAGCUCCUGGGGCAUGAGGUUGAGGACGUCAUCAUCAAAUGUCAGCUGCCAAAACGUUUCACUGCACAAGGGCUGCCUGACCUCAACCACUCCCAGGUGUAUGCUGUGAAGACUGUGCUGCAGCGACCCCUCAGUCUUAUCCAGGGCCCCCCUGGGACCGGUAAGACUGUCACCUCGGCAACCAUUGUGUACCACCUGGCCAGGCAAGGCAAUGGGCCUGUGCUGGUGUGUGCUCCCAGCAACAUCGCCGUGGACCAGCUGACUGAGAAGAUCCACCAGACCGGACUGAAGGUGGUGAGGCUCUGCGCCAAAAGCCGGGAGGCCAUCGACUCCCCCGUGUCCUUCCUGGCUUUGCACAACCAGAUCCGCAACAUGGACAGCAUGCCGGAGCUCCAGAAGCUGCAGCAGCUGAAGGAUGAGACCGGGGAGCUGUCCUCCGCGGACGAGAAGCGCUACCGAGCGCUGAAGCGCACGGCCGAGAGGGAGCUGCUCAUGAACGCGGACGUGAUCUGCUGCACCUGUGUGGGGGCUGGGGACCCCCGUUUGGCCAAGAUGCAGUUCCGCUCCAUCCUGAUUGAUGAGAGCACCCAAGCUACUGAGCCGGAGUGCAUGGUGCCCGUUGUGCUGGGGGCAAAGCAGCUCAUCCUUGUGGGAGACCACUGUCAGCUGGGCCCAGUGGUCAUGUGUAAGAAGGCAGCGAAAGCGGGCCUGUCCCAGUCCCUGUUUGAGCGGCUGGUGGUCCUGGGCAUCCGACCAAUCCGCUUGCAGGUGCAGUACCGCAUGCACCCCGCUCUCAGCGCCUUCCCUUCCAACAUCUUCUACGAAGGCUCCCUGCAGAACGGAGUCACUGCCGCGGACCGCAUCAAGAAGGGCUUCGACUUCCAGUGGCCGCAGCCAGACAAGCCCAUGUUCUUCUACGUGACCCAAGGACAGGAAGAAAUCGCGAGCUCAGGGACUUCCUAUCUGAACAGAACUGAGGCUGCUAACGUGGAGAAGAUCACCACCAAGCUGCUGAAGGCCGGGGCCAAGCCGGACCAGAUUGGGAUCAUCACCCCGUAUGAGGGCCAGCGUUCCUACCUGGUGCAGUACAUGCAGUUCAGUGGGUCCCUGCACACCAAACUUUACCAGGAAGUUGAAAUUGCUAGCGUUGAUGCCUUCCAAGGCAGAGAGAAGGAUUUCAUCAUCCUGUCGUGUGUCCGAGCCAACGAACAUCAGGGCAUUGGAUUUCUCAAUGAUCCACGUCGUCUAAACGUGGCUCUUACAAGGGCAAGGUAUGGGGUGAUCAUUGUGGGGAACCCUAAGGCCCUGUCCAAGCAGCCGCUCUGGAACCACCUGCUAAACUACUACAAAGAGCAGAAGGUUCUGGUGGAGGGUCCUCUCAACAACCUGCGCGAGAGCCUCAUGCAGUUCAGCAAGCCUCGCAAGCUGGUCAACACCAUCAACCCUGGGGCGCGGUUUAUGAGCACAGCCAUGUACGAUGCUCGUGAGGCUCUAAUCCCCGGGUCUGUGUACGACCGCAGCAACACAGGGCGUCCAUCAAACAUGUACUUUCAGACCCAUGACCAGAUUGGCAUGAUUGGGGCUGGCCCCAGCCACGUGGCUGCCAUGAACAUCCCUAUUCCCUUCAACCUGGUCAUGCCCCCCAUGCCCCCACCAGGAUACCUGGGCCAGGCCAACGGUCCUGCAGCAGGCCGCGGUGCUCUGAAGGGCAAGGCCGGCCGCGGCGGGAGGCAGAGGAACCGCGGCAUGGGUAACCAUGGCGGUGGGCAGGCCCACAUGCCCAACAGCCAGGCCAGCCAGGACGUGGUCUCCCAGCCCUUCUCCCAGGGGCCCCUCACCCAGGGCUACAUCUCCAUGAGCCAGCCCUCUCAGAUGAGCCAGCCCGGUCUGUCCCAGCCUGAACUGUCUCAAGACAGCUACCUGGGUGACGAGUUCAAGUCCCAGAUUGAUGUGGCCCUGUCCCAGGACUCGACGUACCAGGGCGAACGUGCAUACCAACAUGGUGGGGUGACUGGACUGUCACAGUACUAGAGUGUAGUGGGAAGAGGAGCUAGGCUUGAGCUGAGCUUAGUUCAUCAGCAUUUUAAAUCUGGGAAAUAAUAAAAAACAAAAAAUGGAUACCUGUUUUCCACUGCUACAACUGAAGCACCACUGUGUGAAAGCAACAGGAGAGAGAGAAACCAACCAAUCACAAGAGAGAAAGAACGAGGGACAGAGAGGAAGAAAGAGUGGGAGAGGGAGAGAGAGAGAGAGGCCACUGCUAGCACACUGAGACAGACGUGAAAAGGAGAAGAGAUGCUGCAUGUGGUAGCGCUGUCGGGGGAAGACAAGGACCUUGGUCUUGCAUCGAGAGAAAAAACGAGGCAAAUCCCAAUGAAAGAAGCCCAUCCCCUCCUCAAACCCCUUCACCACGGCCUUCUCUGAAGGAAUGACCUGUUGGCUGAGGACCUUGCUCUUCGAGCAGAGAGAGGGAAAAGACAAGUUCUCAAGCAACUCGCAAGCUCAUUCUGGUGUCUCCAGAGAAGGAGUAUCGGGGGAAGAUCGCUUCAAGCAGGCAAUAUAGAGUCUUAACCUCAAAGUUGACCUGUUCUGAAAUUCUGCAUUUGAGCCCAUUUGAUUAAAUCCAUGUGGCCCAAGAGUGGUGGUGGUAAGCUCUUAAGCCCAAAUUAUAUCAGAUGUCCAAAGCAGUAACUCAAGAAUACGAAUGGAUCUAGGUCAACUUUGAGUGGCAAAGGUUUCUGCAUUUAGUCUGAUUUGAAGAGAUUCUGAAUUGAAAUGCCUUUGAUUGCUUUAGACAUUCAUUGGCUUUUUCAACGGGUCUAUUAUAAGGUGGUUUACAAAAUAAAUGUCCCUGGUGGAAUAGCAAUUGGACUAUAACAGAAAGUUUCUCAAGAUCUGAGCUGUGGACCUGAAAGAUAUGUAAUCACGAGAAUUUUACUGGAGUAACUUUCUUGUAGAACACAAAAGAGAAAAAAGAAAAAAACAAAAAUGACCAGCAUCGAAGAGAAGUAACUUGGUGUAAUUUGAAGUUGCAGCAAUGACGCAUUGAUCUUCUUAAAUGAAGGAAAGCAGGGACGGUGAAAUGUGGCACUCUGAGCUACGACGAGGAGUUUUCAAUGUUUUAAAUGCUAUGUAAGCUUAGAUCAGCUACUGUCUGAACGAAGGGGUUUUACUGCAAAAAAAGGAAAAAUAAAGACCCAGCUGCCUUUGGCCGUAAGAGUUGCUUGCUGAAAGCAACUUGCCAGACAAAGACGAGAAAGAAACGGAAGCUCCAUAUAUAUAAAAAAGUGUGAAUAUACUACAUAUAUAUACAUACAUGUCAUUGGAGUCACUGUUUAAUUUACAGUAAGCCAGUGGGUAACAAGAAAGGAAGGAUGUUAUAAAAGGAAGGUGGCUGAAGUCUGAAUUCCAGUGCGGAGAUACUUUUUUCUCACAAACAGAUUUUACGCUGAAUUUGUGGAUGCACGGUCAUUGAUAACCACACGAUCACUGCAAAAGAGCAGGAAAGGAGUCUGAUCAACCACGUCAGGGUUUCGAUGCAGAUUGAUUGUGGUGCAAGAGUAACGUGCUUGUGCAGUGCAUUAUUUGCAUUUAUAAUGUUGCAUUGAUGAUUACAUCUGCCCCAAAUCACCUAUGCCCUAAUCAUUUUAAUAUUUUAUUCGCCACGGUCAGUUUUAGUAUACCCUAAACUACUUAUUUCAUGAAAGGGAACAAAAUGACAAAUCUUUUAGUGCCUAUAAUGAAAACAUUUACUGGCAUGAAGCACCACAAAACUUAUAUCAGAAUGUAGGUAAGAGACUGUACCAGCUGAUAACCUACUGCAGCCUGCUAAUUUGACUAGCAGCUGUUUUUUUAUAACCUCAACCAAAUAGCAAUACUGGAACCCAUAGAAAAUUUGCAGGUUAAUUUCUUGUGACUUAAAGAACAGACCGAUGUAGGCCACCUUCCUUCUAUCAGAGGAGUUGCCACGUAAAACGACUGGCUGAUGAGCUUUCCUUUUGUGACUUUAAUUAUGUACUUGUUUUACUUUUUGUUGUUUUUGUUUUUCCUGUAGUCUCAAGGCUGAGUUUUACCUACUGUAGAUGUCUGCAUUUAUGGCUCCUAAACCCCCAUCGCCCCAUUUGUGAAUUGUGACACAACCUCCCCAACUCCCGUUUCACUCAUUGAAAAUGAUUGCUUUUGGUUUGUACCAUUUUAAUUUCUCACUUAGCAUAAAAAAGCAGGUUUUUGCUACAACCAUGAACUGUUUCUAAGCAUUCUAAGCAGUAAUGGGGCAAGUAAUUGGUUUUUUUUUUGUCUUGUCCCUAAUUUUAAAGCUGUCCUUAAUAAACUAUUAUAAGUAGUUUUUGCAGUAUGAAAUAAUUAUUCUUGACUAUUCCUUAUCCAUUUGUUUUUACACCAGCCCAUUUGUUUAAGUGUUCUACUUUGUAAUGCUUUACUAGAGCACUAUACCAGAAUGUAGCCAUUACACCAGCUGUUUCUGUUCUUGUGUAUUCACAAAACGGUGGAUUUUACAAGCCAUCACUCAGUUUGAAUUUCAUCUCCCAAUGAUUCUGCUUAUGACACAGAAGUGUAUUCUUAGAUGACAAUCAUGCUAACUUCACUAUGAAUGUUUUGAAGAGGCAGAGCAUGCUUACAAACUGACUGGUGCCCAUUGAUGACAUUUCUUUUGUUGAACUGUGAUAACUUUGUUUUCCCUCUUAUGUAACAGCUGAGUCAAUAAACGGUACCCUCCCUUCAAAAACAGAAAUGUAGUCUAUGAAAUGAGUACUUCACUGUUAGUACCUAGUAAACAGACAGCCAUUUAAUGGGUAUCUUGUUGGCAGUUGGCAGCACUUUGAUUUUGCACCUUGAUGUCCCUUUUACAAAGAUGGCCAGAGUUUAUGAUUUGGAGUGGCACUUCAGUAGCCCUUAAUUCUAUAGAAUGUAAGGGACAAUGGGAACUGCCCAGUGUAACGGUAGACCUGGGAAUCAGUAGGAAGUAUAGAGUAGCUGAUUGGCUGCAGACCUGCCGGAGUAUGGAGAGCAUUGCCUAACAUGCCUCAGACGUGUAAGGUGCUAUCUCUGCUGCUGGAUUUGAGCAGGACAAGAAAAGCAACCUCAUGAAGAACAGGUACAGCACAGGCCCCUUUCUCCGCUUCAAUUCUGAGUGAGCUUUAAGAAAUUGUUUUGUAGUUCUUGCUUUGAGAGUUAUGAAAUGAGUGAAUAUAUCAGGAAUGUGGAGUGUUGUCUUUUUUGCUAUGGAAUCUUUUUAAAGAUCAAAAACAACAGCUCACCGUGUAACACUGAUCUCAUUCCUGUAAAGUGAUUGAAAUUCUCAAAAUAAAGGUUGCUUCUCUUUGUC